AUGACUAAAAAAGAAAAAAAUAAGUUGGAGGAAAUCCACGGAGGAGAUGAGAUUGUGAAAAUUAGUUCAGAACAUAAUCAGGAUGAAAAUGUUUCCACAACCCAAGAAGUAAUUCACUAUAAAAGGGGGUAUAUGGCACAUAAGCAUAAUGGAAAGUUAGGUCAUUGCUCCGAAUGUAAAAAUCAAUCAGUAAGUCAUGAGGAGUUUGAUAAAAUGGUAGAAAUCUUGUUAAAUACUCCACCUAGAAAAAGAACUAAAAAAGAUAGAAAUAAAAAAGAAGCAGUAUAG